AUGUCGGCGCGGCUGAAACCCCCUGCUGCAUCCUAUGGAUUUAUCAACACCUGUUUGAAAUCACUGGUAGUUGAAAAGUUUGGCGAGGAGACGUGGACCAAGCUCAGGGAUGAAGCUGGAGUUCAGGAUACCUUCUUGACAUAUGAAGUCUAUGAGGAUGAAAUCACCAUGCAGUUAGUGACAGAAGCCUGCAGGUUGCUAGAAAUGAAACCAGAGUUGGUCUUGAACCAGUUUGGAGAAUAUUUCUUUGAAUUCUGUAAGCGGUCUGGCUAUGAUCACAUGCUGCGGACUCUGGGGGGAGACCUGUUUGAAUUCAUUGAAAAUUUGGAUGCACUUCACAGCUACCUCGCCCUCUCGUACAAGGAAAUCAAUGCACCAUCAUUUCGGGUGGAGAAGAACCAGGAGAACACAAUGUUUCUCCACUAUUACUCAGACCGCAGGGGGUUGUGCCACAUUGUCCCCGGCAUUAUUGGAGCUGUUGCUAAAGAUUUUUUUAAUAGUGAGAUAACAAUGGAGAUUGUCAACCAGCUAGAGGAGCUGGGGAGGACUGGGAAAAAAGAACACGUGGUUUUCCUGGUCACCCAGCAGCCAGCUACCACUGCUGCUGGCUCCAUUGUGGUCAGUAACACAGAUGGGCCCUCCAAACUGACAAAAUCCCUCCGACCUCAGAUUGGCAGAUGUAAAACCAUGAUCUUGAGCAAAGAGCCCAUCAUUCAAAAGAGUUCCAGUGUAAGCUUUUCUGUGUACAGGAGUCACUGGGAGACAGUCAGGGAUCUGGUCCGCCUGGGGAAAGGGAAACUAUUGAAAGGUUUUCAGCCAGUCUACCCUAGGAGUCUUAACAUUGAUCUGAAGACUUUCUGCAAUGUUUUCCCCUUCCAUAUAAUCUUCAAUGAGCAGCUGGUGGUGUGUCAGGCUGGGGUGAACCUCCAGAGGAUCGUCCCUGGACUCCAGACUGUGAACAUCCACGUGGACCAGUAUUUCAGCAUCAUGCACCCUGAGGUCCCCUUCACCAUCUCCAGCAUUAGGACGUUCAUCAACAGCCACUUUGUCCUGCAGACACGCAGAGACAUGAUGCCCAGGGCAUGGAGGGACAGGCCCAUGCUGCAGCUCAGAGGUCAGAUGAUCUGGAUGUCCUCUCUUGGCUGUAUGCUCUAUCAAGCCUCUCCACUGCUGAGAAGCCUUCAGGAGCUGGAGGAGAGACACAUGCACAUUUCUGACAUUGCACCUCAUGAUGUUACCCGUGACCUUAUUCUGCUCAAUCAGCAGCGGCUGGCUGAAAUAGAGCUGUCAAAUCAAUUGGAGAGGAAGAAGGAGGAGCUCCACCUCCUGUCUCAGCACCUGGAGGAGGAGAGGAAAAAGACAGAGAACCUGCUGUAUGCUAUGCUGCCCAAACAUGUGGCCAACCAGCUCAAAGAGGGCAAGACUGUAGAAGCAGGAGAAUUUAAAGAGUGCACCAUACUGUUCAGUGACGUGGUGACCUUCACUAAUAUCUGCACCCAGUGUGAACCAAUCCACAUCGUCUUAAUGCUCAACUCCAUGUACCUCCGGUUUGACCGACUUACAACUGUGCACAAUGUCUACAAGGUUGAGACCAUAGGCGAUGCCUAUAUGGUGGUGGGUGGGGUUCCUAUUCCUGUCUCCAGCCAUGCUGAGAGGGUGGCCAACUUUGCCCUGGGUAUGAUCUUGGCAGCCAGGGAAGUCAUCAACCCUGUAACUGGAGGACCCAUUCAGAUCCGUGUGGGUCUUCACAGCGGUCCUGUGCUAGCAGGUGUGGUUGGAGAGAAGAUGCCUCGCUACUGUCUGUUUGGAGACACUGUCAACACUGCCUCUCGCAUGGAGAGUCACGGCUUGCCUAACAAGAUCCAUCUCAGUCCAAGUGUCUACCAGUCUCUGAGGGAUAAAAACUUUGUCAUCCAGAAGCGAGGAGAGAUCGAGGUGAAGGGGAAGGGCAGGAUGACCACUUACUUUCUCGAAAGGAACAUAGGAGUCAGUGAGGAACAGAUUAUGGGUUUCCCAGUCCUUGACCCUGGCUCUGGGCAGGAUCAUGGCCAGAUAAGCUACCGACCAAGUCUCUGGAGACCAGGGGCGCCGGCUAUCAAGACCCGGGAUUCAGAAAGCUAUGGAAGUCUCCACACUGAUGACCAGUCAGAGGAUGGAGUUCAAGAUCAAUUAAAAGAGACAGAUGAAACACAGAUGAAACAUUUUGGCCAAUUAGAAACCAAACAUGAGGAGCAACAGUUAGAUGAUUUAGUUGAUGACAGACAUCAGGCCAUAGUGGAACAGCAGGGGAACAUUACUGCUAUGGGAACGUCUCCCCCCAACAAUCAGAACAAACGUGCCAGAACCAGGAUCUGUGUGAUCCUGUGA